UGUCCAUCACUAGCCAAGCAAAAGCCGUCAAAUCAUCGUCGCAUUCGACUCAAGGAAUAAAACUAAUUUUUGCGUUUGAAUUGUUUAAAUUUUCACCGCGUCUUCGCUAUGAGUACUAUUGGCACUGGAUACGACUUGUCGGCCUCGCAGUUUUCGCCUGAUGGCCGCGUUUUCCAGAUCGACUACGCCUCAAAGGCGGUGGAGAAGAGCGGCACCGUGAUCGGGAUUCGGGGCAAGGACGCCGUGGUGCUGGCCGUCGAGAAGAUCAUCACCAGUAAGCUGUACGAACCGGACGCCGGCGGACGUAUCUUCACCAUCGAAAAGAACAUCGGAAUGGCGGUAGCCGGCUUGGUGGCUGAUGGAAACUAUGUGGCGGACAUUGCGCGUCAGGAGGCAGCCAACUACAGGCAGCAAUUUGAGCAGGCUAUCCCGCUUAAGCACCUGUGCGACCGUGUCGCCGGUUACGUCCACGCCUACACUCUGUACAGUGCCGUCCGCCCCUUCGGACUGUCCAUCAUCCUCGCCUCCUGGGACGAGGUCGAGGGGCCACAGCUCUACAAGAUCGAGCCGUCUGGCUCCUCCUUCGGUUACUUCGCCUGCGCCAGUGGCAAGGCCAAGCAGCUGGCCAAGACUGAGAUGGAGAAGCUCAAGACGGAUAUGAGGACCGACGAAUUGGUGGAGAGCGCCGGUGAAAUCAUCUACAAAGUCCAUGACGAGUUGAAGGACAAGGACUUCCGCUUCGAAAUGGGUUUGGUGGGCAGGGUAACCGGUGGCCUACAUCUCAUAAAUCCCUCAGAACUGACGGAGAAGGCGAGGAAAGCCGGCGAUGCUGCCAACAAGGAAGAAGACAGCGACAAUGAGACGCACUAGUUCGUUUGUGUGCCAGUGAAUCUAAUUCUGGGCCUAAAUACAUAAUGUUAAUUUUAUAUUUCCCUAAAGCGCAAAAUAAAUAAACAAAAUCGGGUGAA